ACACACCCUCCUUGCGCCUCCAUUCGCCGUGCUGGUUCCACAAGGGCAGUGGAUCUCCGGUCCGCGUCCUCCGCCAGGUUCUCCUUUUCUGCAGCCGCCCGCGCUCGCCGGUCGAGAAGGCAAAUGCCGGGGAGUCCUCUGGCCAAGGGAAAAGCUCUCCUGUCUCCUCUGCCGCAAACUGAAGCGGAGAAAAACUGCAAAACUGCCUCCUUGUGAUCCCACGGAGAAAAUCAAGCCGGGAAAAGGAGGGGGACCACUUUCUGCUGUUCUUUUCGUUUCUUCUUUUCUUUUUCUCCCGUUCUAAAAGAGGAAACGAAAAUAAAGAUCGUUGGGAUCUUGGUAGACCUUCCGAAAAUGUCAUCUCAAACAAAGUUCAAGAAAGACAAAGAGAUCAUAGCGGAAUAUGAAACUCAAGUAAAAGAAAUUCGUACUCAAUUGGUAGAACAAUUCAAAUGUCUAGAACAACAGUCUGAGUCCCGGUUGCAACUUCUGCAAGAUCUCCAGGAGUUCUUCCGCAGAAAGGCUGAGAUUGAACUGGAGUAUUCCAGAAAUCUGGAAAAACUAGCAGAAAGAUUUUCUUCCAAGAUUCGCAGUUCCAGGGAACACCAUCAGUUCAAGAAGGAUCAGCACCUUCUUUCUCCUGUGAAUUGUUGGUAUCUUGUAUUGACUCAGACGCGGAGAGAGAGCAGAGAUCAUGCUACCCUGAAUGACAUCUUCAUGAACAAUGUCAUUGUCAGACUUUCCCAGAUCAGUGAGGAUGUCAUCCGGCUAUUUAAAAAGAGUAAGGAAAUUGGCCUUCAGAUGCAUGAAGAACUCUUGAAAGUUACCAAUGAACUCUACACUGUGAUGAAAACAUACCACAUGUAUCAUGCUGAGAGCAUCAGUGCUGAAAGCAAACUGAAGGAAGCUGAAAAGCAAGAGGAGAAGCAGUUCAACAAAGGAGGUGAUAUCAGUGUGAAUCUGUUGCGGCAUGAAGAUAGGCCUCAGCGCCGUAGUUCUGUCAAGAAAAUUGAGAAGAUGAAGGAAAAAAGGCAAGCAAAGUACUCCGAAAAUAAGUUGAAAUGCACCAAAGCUAGGAAUGACUAUCUGCUGAACUUAGCAGCCACAAACGCAGCAGUCAGUAAAUACUACAUUCAUGAUGUCUCCGACCUGAUUGACUGCUGUGACUUGGGAUUCCAUGCCAGCCUGGCGCGGACAUUCAGGACGUACCUGUCCGCUGAAUACAAUCUAGAAACCUCACGCCAUGAAGGACUAGACAUAAUCGAGAAUGCAGUAGACAAUCUGGAUGCACGAAGUGACAAACACACAGUCAUGGAUAUGUGCAACCAGGUCUUCUGUCCUCCUCUGAAGUUUGAAUACCAACCUCACAUGGGGGAUGAGGUAUGCCAAGUGAGCGCCCAACAGCCAGUUCAGACAGAGUUGCUUAUGCGAUAUCACCAGCUGCAGUCUAGACUUGCCACACUCAAAAUAGAGAAUGAAGAGGUGCGAAAAACAUUGGAUGCCACUAUGCAAACAUUGCAAGACAUGCUGACUGUGGAAGAUUUUGAUGUCUCAGAUGCCUUCCAGCAUAGUCGCUCCACUGAAUCAGUCAAAUCAGCUGCUUCGGAGACUUACAUGAGUAAAAUAAACAUUGCCAAGAGGAGAGCCAACCAACAAGAAACUGAAAUGUUCUAUUUUACAAAAUUUAAAGAGUAUUUGAAUGGCAGUAAUCUUAUUACCAAGCUGCAGGCUAAACAUGACUUAUUGAAGCAGACUCUAGGAGAAGGUGAAAGAGCUGAAUGUGGGACAACCAGGCCCCCAUGUCUUCCCCCUAAACCACAGAAAAUGAGGAGACCUAGGCCUCUCUCAGUCUAUAAUCAUAAACUCUUUAACGGCAAUAUGGAAACAUUCAUUAAGGAUUCAGGACAGGCUAUUCCACUUGUGGUUGAAAGUUGCAUUCGGUACAUCAAUUUAUAUGGGCUACAACAACAGGGUAUUUUUAGAGUUCCUGGAUCUCAGGUUGAAGUCAAUGAUAUCAAGAACUCAUUUGAAAGAGGUGAAGAUCCUCUUUCUGAUGAUCAAAAUGAACGAGACAUUAAUUCUGUUGCUGGGGUCUUAAAGUUGUAUUUCCGGGGGCUGGAAAAUCCACUCUUUCCUAAGGAAAGGUUUCAAGACUUGAUCUCUACUAUAAAAAUUGAAAACCUCGCAGAAAGAGUGCACCAGAUCCAGCAAAUCAUCAUCACCUUACCACGAGCCGUCAUAAUUGUCAUGAGAUACCUCUUUGCCUUCCUCAACCACUUGUCACAAUAUAGUGAUGAGAACAUGAUGGAUCCAUACAACUUGGCUAUCUGCUUUGGGCCAACUUUGAUGCAUAUCCCAGAUGGACAGGAUCCAGUCUCCUGCCAGGCUCACGUCAAUGAGGUCAUCAAAACCAUCAUAAUCAAUCAUGAGGCCAUCUUCCCUAGCCUCAGGGAGGUGGAAGGACCUAUUUAUGAAAAAUGCAUGACUGGUGGGGAAGAAUACUGUGACAGCCCUCACAGUGAGCCGGGCACCAUUGAUGAAGCAGACCAUGACAACGGCACGGAGCCACACACCAGCGAUGAUGAGGUAGAACAGAUUGAAGCUAUUGCAAAAUUUGAUUAUAUUGGCCGGUCUCCUCGUGAGUUGUCCUUCAAGAAAGGAGCUUCACUUCUCUUGUACCAUCGAGCAUCUGAAGACUGGUGGGAAGGUCGCCAUAAUGGUGUGGAUGGCCUCAUACCGCAUCAAUACAUAGUGGUACAAGACAUGGAUGAUGCGUUCUCCGACAGCCUGAGUCAGAAGGCAGAUAGCGAAGCAAGCAGUGGACCCCUGCUGGAUGACAAGGCCUCAUCAAAGAAUGAUAUCCAGUCUCCAACAGAUCAUAUUCCAGACUAUGGAUUUGGGGGAGUGAUGGGACGGGUGAGGUUGAGAUCGGAUGGAGCAGCCAUUCCUCGCCGGCGAAGUGGGGGAGAUACACACAGCCCUCCCAGGGGAAUUGGUCCUGGAAUAGAUACCCCCCCACGGGCAGCAGCCUGUCCCAGCAGCCCCCACAUCUUACCACUGAAUAGGGGCAGGAUCGAAAGCCCAGAGAAGCGCCGGAUGGCAACUUUUGGUAGUGCUGGCAGCAUCAAUUAUCCAGACAGGAAGGCAUUGACUGACGGCCACCCAUUGAGACCCACGUGCAGCUCAACUCGACAUAGUAGCCUUGGGGAUCAGAAAUCGCUAGAAGCUGAAGCAUUAGCAGAGGAUAUUGAAAAGACUAUGAGCACGGCACUGAAUGAGUUGCGUGAACUGGAAAGGCAAAAUACUGUGAAACAAGCCCCUGAUGUUGUCCUGGACACUCUUGAACCCAUGAAGAACCCUCAGAUAGCAUCGGUCAACUCUGAGCCUGCCAGCCCCCUGCACACCAUCAUGAUUCGAGACCCUGAUGCUGCCAUGCGGCGUAGCAGCAGCUCAACCACGGAAAUGAUGACUACUUUUAAGCCUGCCCUCUCCGCUCGGCUUGCUGGAGCUCAGCUGAGGCCCCCACCCAUGAGACCCAUCAGGCCAGUCGUCCAGCAUCGAUCAAGUAGCAGUAGCAGCUCGGGAAUGGGGAGUCCUGCCGUGACACCAACGGAGAAGAUCUUCCCUAACAGUGCCUCCGAUAAAUCUGGCACUAUGUAGCUAUCACCAUCCCCAGGGAAUCUUUGUUGGGGAAAUGGGUGCCCAUUCUGAUUUUCAUUUCUUUUGAGGCUGAAGCUAUGAUUGUACAAAUGAUGUCAUUAAGUAAAGGAAAAGACAGGGAGCAUGACUCUUUAGAAGCGAUGGCGCUGGGGACUGUAGAUGUGGCUUAAGGAUUUCAUGAUAUUUACUCACCAUUCUUAUUGAGAUUGCUGGAAAAAUUUGGUACAGCCAAAUAAGGUGGCCAUUUUAUGUAUCACCACUGGAACAUUCAAGUCUGUGUAGAAGUAUAUAUAUGAAACUGUACAUAGCCCAGUAACAUUUUAGUAGAUUUACCUCAGAAACCCACCCUUAGACUUAUGCUAGAGAGUGUUUUUGUGUGUGUGCGCGUGCGUGAAUUACACGGCAACUGUGCAUUAAGCAAUAGACUAUUGGUCAAUUCUUGAAUUGAAUUUUCACACUAGUUUGGCUUGGCUUUAGAGUUGCAAACAAAAGAAAACAACAUUGGUUCAGUUCAACAGUUGUCCUGCAAAUACUGGAGUGCAUCUGAUGCUCACGUCUAUCCUACUAGAAGGAUGGAGUUUUGUCUUCAUGUUCAUCUCUUAAAGACUGUUCCAUCGAAACAUGGAAGCUUGUGGUCAUUUCCUGGUUGGAAGAGUAAACCACCUGUGGACAAAAAGAAUUGCAAGUAGUACACUUUCCCCUUGUGUGAGGGGAAACCUAGGAUUUUCUGUAUGUACUUCAUAUUGUAGCACAGUGUUAUGUGUGUACAAAAGAAACUGAACUCCUACUGUUUUCAAAACAGAAGAGGACUCUGAAGUAAUCUGUGGUUGAUAACAAUAAAUAAAUAGGCUAACUUAUAUAGUGUUUUAAAUAUUUUAUUCCCCUGUCCUCCUUUUGCUAAUGAUUCCUAUGGGAAGAAUAUGGAUUAAAACAGGCAAGAACGCUUUGGGUAAAAAUCACAUUCCCUUUGAAAUUAUUCAGCCGUAGACGAGGGCCUCGACUCAGUCUGUGUCCCCUUGCAUGCAUAGCAUGAGCCAUAUUUGACCUUGCCAGGCAUAUAACUGAUCUGGUGGGGUGACAAUUUGCACUUUCUAUACUGUACUAUAUAACAAUAUACAGCAGUUUGGCGUUUAUGAACUUUCGUUCUCUCUUAAAUUUAACCUAGGGAAAAAUAUGCAGAAAGAGCUAGGGUUUGCAUGAUCGUUAAGCCUUCUCUAUUCACUGAACUCAAGUCUCUUGCUGCUAUCUUUGUUUUAAUUUUUGCCUGUAAAUGUGGACAGACCUUUGCAGCAUCAGCCCUUUGACUGGGCUAGCAUUUUUACUUUAAACACCACUGAUCCUUCACUUUCUACAUGGAAUGCCUCUCCACAAAUCUCAUUCAUGCUGCACACCUGGUUUAGUCUGUACGUUCUCUCUCUUCCUUGAUCUCUCUAGAAUUAAUUUUGCAGUAGCCAUUACUUGAAACAAGGCAAACAUUUUCCAAGAACUUUAAUAGCAUCUGUUGCCUUUCAGCACCACAUGCUGUUGAGUUGGCUUUCUUUAGUCUAACUCAGCCGAAAUUGGCCAAGUCAUCAAGCAUGUCUUGGAGAGAAUGGCCAGGCCAUUCACAAUUUGCCAUUAUCCUUCUGUAUUUGUUAAAUGCAUUCCUAAUCCCAUUGGUGUGCUUAAUUUUUUUCUAUGAACAGAGCGCCAUCAUGGUGUGCUUCUUCCUUUUGUAUACCUCAUCUGCAAGCAUGCUGCAUUCCAGGUACCUUCCCUUCUCUUAACUGCCCCUUGCUUCUUCUAGCCUGUUUAUAUAUUGCUGUAUCUGCUUAAAUGCUGGAAAGUAACUGCUGAAAUGUAAUCUGUUCUUUUUUUAAGACUAAAUUUUAGCUGAAACCCAGUGACACCAAAUCUUUGCACUUAAUAGGUAACUCAGCGUAAGAAAAAAAUAAAAAUGCAACAAAGGUUUAAAAAAUGAAAGCAGCUUCCCUGAUCCCAAAACAGGCCUGACCUUCUCAUGUAUAGUAUGGAGGGAAAAUGAUAUAUCUAGUUAUUCUGUUAUUCUUCAGUAUAAUGUUACAAAGAGAAUCCAUGUUUACUUACAUGUCUGCUCAUGUUGUAGGCAUUUGUAAUUGCCACAAUUUGUCAAAAGUAGUGUUUUUCCUUAAAGAACUUCUCUUAAUCUCCCGAGUUCUUCUCACACUUUCCUGCCACCCUGAUUCUCCCCUUACUUAUUCUAACUUUGGAGAGGGGUCAUUAUGAGAGCAGACUUGCUGCAGUAAUGAGCUGGAAAAUGUAGUUUUAGGUGUGGGGGAGGCAGGGAAAGCAAGAGGUAUUUGGCAAACUGUUGUACUUUCAUUGCCAGUAAUGUUUUCCCCACUUUAGUUCAUGGAGAACAGUUGCUUUGACAGUGUGUGCGUGUGUGUUUUUUAAACAUACUUUUGAAAAUGACUUGAUGGCAUAACCAUUAUUUCAUGUGAGGGGUUGCUUUUCUUAAUGAUAUGAUACAAUUCCAAAUGCCUUUUUUAUUAAAUUAUUUUUAUUUCUAUUUUUUCAUCUAUUGUAAUGGAUUGUGCUUAUUAUUAUUUUUUAAUCUUUAAGUGCCUUUUGAGCACCGGAACAAACGCUUGGAUAAAAUGUGCUUGGGAGCUGGACAUAUCAAGAUAUCUCUUAUCCCGUUAAUGUUAUGCUAUGGGUAUAUUGCUUUAAAGCUGUUUCCCCAUUUUAUUGUACGAGGAAGAAAUGUAUUUACAUUUCAAAGAGUAGUUAUCCCCAUAAUGCAAUGUUGUGAAAUGGCCAAUGACUACUAAGAUCUGUAGAAGAUCAUCUGCUGGAUUUGUUUGUAGAAUUACAUCAAAACACUUUCAAUAUCUGCUGUAGAACAGCCUUCCACAUGCUUCCUGAGAAUGAUGUGAGUUGUAGUCCAACACAUCUGGGAGGACACCAGGUUGUGAAAGGCUCCUGUAUGUCAGUUGUGUGGGCACUGGGUGCAAAUCUACCGGUGACUUCUUCUGUUUUCAUUUCUUUUUGCAAAAGAACCAUUUCCUGGGUAUCUCAUGCAAGAGAAAUUCUUGAAAUGUUUGUUUCUGUAUUCUCAGGCACAACUGGGCAUGGGCUUGGCCCAGCACAAGGAUUUCAAGGGACAAUUUAAAAUCCAUAAAAGUAGCAAAUGUGAAGCGAAACAGUGGGUGGGUGUGAUAGUCUACUUUUAGAGGGCAAAGGGUGGAAAGAAAACAAUAGUCUCUUGUGCACUGUGCCAAUUCUGUUUUGUCCCUGUUGAUAUUAAUUACUAGAUCAGUAAUAGGCGUAACUGUGUUAGAAUGGUCUUAGACCAAUAUCAGGACAUACGUAAUUCAUGAAGGUGGUGCCAGAAUGAAGUUGGGCACUGUGGCAUUUCUAACACCCAGGUUGGUUAAAGAAAAUGCCAGGCAUAGCCUAUUAAAAUUUUUAAAUUGUCAUAGGUAGCAAAUUAAAAGAAAGCUUCAAACACUAAAGUGUCCCUUGUUCAUUAUUAGCCCAUGAAGAUAGAGUUUUCAAGCCUCAGUAGUAGUAGUGGACACUACAUUGAAAAGGAGAAAAAAAAGAUUUUCUCCAAUGCAGUGCAAGUGAAAUCUUAUAGGACUGACCUUUAUCUUCCCCUUAAAAUUGGAAUGUUCCUGCUCACCAAAGCUACUUCAGCAACACCCAGAGAAGGUUGACUGUAAAUGUUGUAGCCUCUUCUUGUACCCUGUCACCUGGUUAAGGUACUCCUUUUAUUCAACCAAGUGAUGACUGUAACGGUGCUGACUUUAAAAGCGUUGCACCCACCCUUAUGUUAUUGCUGUACAGAAAUUGUCAUAAGCAAACAAUAUAAAUGUUUAAGACCCUUUAACUAUAUAACGGCCAUGCACUUUUCCUCUUAUAGAAUAAAUAAUACCUGUGUUUUUUUCUUUUACUUUUUUUUAAAAUCCUGGACUAUAUAAUUUCCUAGCAGUGCUGCAGUUUUCACAGUAUGGCAAUAGGUCUCCUGAAUCCACUUUUCUUCCUGAGUGGCUGCUUUUUGUUCUUGCCAGAAAACUUUAGGAAACUGCUGGUUGGCUGCCCUGUAUAAUGACUAUUGUCCCUCUUAUGGAUAUUGUCUCUGUAAUGUAUGAUAAAAUGCCAUUCAGUUAGAGUGUCUGAUUGGAUCCUGUGUUAUGUAUGCUGAUGAUGCCAUGUAGAUCAAACCACUGGUUUGGGUGUGGACUCAUC